AUGGAACAAUUGAAUGAAUUUCGUCGUUGCAACCCUCGUAUUUUUGACGGAGAAAAAGCUGAUCAUUGGGUGGUCGAGAAAUGGCUGAUGCACAUGGAGAAACUGUUUUAUGAUACUUUCGUCGAUGAGGGAUAUCGGGUUUGGUUUGCGACACACCAUCUCGAUGGCGAGGGUUACAGGUGGUGGGUGGAUAUUCGUGAGGAUCCUCGUACUGAUUUGUCCGCUAUUACCUGGACGAGGUUCAAGGAAUUACUGUUGACUACUUAUUUUCCUCAGAGUGUAAAAAGGCAAAUGGAAAGGGAUUUAAGAAACCUGAGACAGGGGGACAGGACAAUAGCUGAGUAUGAGCGAGAGUUCUUCCGAUUACUGCAUUGUGUUCCUUUUGUGGUCCGAGAUGAUGAGGAUAAGGCUCGGAUUUUUGAGGUAGGUUUGCGGCCUGCGAUUUUCAGAUUGGUCCAGGCGUCAAACCUUUCCACUUACAGGGAAGUAGUGAACCGGGCUUUGAUUGUGGAAAAGGGGGCGGAGAUUAUGAAGGAAAGAGAUGUUGUGGAUCAGAGUAAAGGAAAAAGGCCAGCAGCUGAGAGCAGUGGUUAG